CAUUUUACUUCAACAAUUUAGUUAGCAAGAGAGAGCCGCUGUGCGGACUGCAGACUUGUCGAGUAUGCGUAAUAUUUUAAAUUGAGCUGUUAUUAUUGGCAUACGUUACUGUAUAUUUAACUGCUGCUUCAGGAAAAUAAUCUGUUUCUAAAAUGGAAAUCUCAUUUAAAGGGAAGAGAAUACUCGUUACCGGCGCUGGCCAAGGGAUCGGCCGGGGCAUCGCCGUGGAACUAUGGCGUGCUGGAGCGAAUAUAGUCGCAUUAUCUCGAACAAGAUCUCAUUUAGAGUCGCUUCAGAUGGAAUAUCCUUCAAUUGAUAUAGUGGACGUGGAUAUAGAGGACUGGGACAAAACGCGUGAAGUGGUCGAGUCUCUUGGUCACUUUGAUGCAUUAGUGAACAACGCCGCCGUAGCUGUUUGCGAGCCUUUUCUCGAUUGUUCACCUUCAGACUUUGAUAAAAUGUUUAACAUUAAUGUAAAAGCAGUUCUUAAUAUUAGUCAAGUGGUAGCAAGGAAGAUGGUAGAAAAUAAAACUCAUGGUGCCAUAGUCAACAUAUCAUCACAGGCUUCAAAGGCUGCAUUAAAAGACCAUGCUAUUUACUGUGCAUCUAAAGCUGCUUUGGAUGCUCUAACUCGUUCCAUGGCUCUUGAGCUGGGACCUUAUGGUAUUAGAGUGAAUACUGUCAACCCUACUGUCAUAAUGACAGAAAUGGCCAAAGUUGGAUGGUCGGAUCCAGACAAAGCUAAAGAAAUGCUGGCUAAAAUACCAUUGGGAAGGUUCGGAGAAGUUUCCGAGGUAGUGAAUGCUGUAGUUUUUCUCUUGAGUGAAAGAUCUAGUAUGAUCAAUGGAGUACAGCUACCUAUCGAUGGAGGUUUCCUUGCCACAUAAUAUUACAAAUUGCUGAAUAUAUAAAUCAACCAAAUAGCAAUAGUUAUAUGUUUGUGGCUUUCAAUAUGAAAUAUUUUUAACAAUUGCAUAUUUUAGUCUUAAGUGUAUUAAAUUUUGAUCUAUGUUAAUUAGUAAAUCAACCAAAGAUGGUACUUUAAAUACGAAUGGCCAUGAUUAUAGUUAUCAUGUAUGUUUUAUGUUGUGAUAAUAUUAAUAUCAAUUCUGAGAAUUUAACUUUUCUGUAAUAAUUCUAAUGACCAUAUUAUUUUUAGAUCUUAUACCUUGCAUAUGGGACAUAUUAUCUACUUAUUAGUUAUAUCUCAGUGGAUCUGUUUGAUAAUACUUUGUAUCACUUUAUUUAUUGUGAUUAUAAUAUUUUCUCAGUGUCUAAAUUAAUACUAACAUUAUUAUUAAUUAUAAAAUGAAUACAACACCAAAUUAAUUAUUUUCGACUAUAAUAGAAUGUACAAAGAAGUAUAUUAACAAAAGUAAUUACUUAGCAAUUAAUAAAAUUGGAUGACUUGAAAAUAGCUAGGUAUUAUUAUUUGCAUCAGAAACUUAUAUUUCGACAAGACAUUAUACCUACUAAUGAUUUAGCGCUUGCAUAAUGCAUUUAUAUACCUGAUUCAUAAAUAAUUUUACUAAUGUAAAAGUUAUAAUGUUGAAUAAAUGCAAUUUGUUAAAAA